UGCUCGUCCACGAAGCACGGAAAAAAAAAAAGAAAAAAAUCGAAGAACGCGAGGAAAAAAAGAAAAAAACCGAAAAUCGCUCCUCUUUUCCCCGCUUCGUGCUGCGACGGCGGAGGCAGGGCGAUCGAAGAUGAGGCCGCCGCCGGCGCCGGCGCCGACGACGAAGAUCGGGCUCGGGCUCGGGCUCGGGCUCGUGCUGUGGCUCGCCGUCCUCUCGCUGGCCCCCGUCCCCGCCCGAUCCGCGGUCUCCAGCGUGGAUCUCGGCUCGGAGUGGAUCAAGGUCGCCGUCGUCAACAUCCGGCCCGGCCAGAGCCCCAUCACCGUCGCCAUCAACGAGAUGUCGAAGCGGAAGUCCCCCGCCCUCGUGGCGUUCCAGCCCGGCGCCCGCCUGAUCGGCGAGGAGGCCGCGGGCCUCGUCGCCCGGUACCCGGACAGGGUGCUCUCCCAGGUGAGGGACCUGCUCGGGAAGCCCCUCGAUCACGCCAGGAGGGCCCUGGACUCGACGUACCUGCCGUUCAGCGUCGUGGAGGAUUCGCGAGGGGCGGUGGCCUUCAGGAUCCACGGCGGCGGCGGCGGCGAGGGGGAGGAUGGGGCCGUUUAUUCGGUCGAGGAAUUGGUGGCUAUGAUAUUGGGGUACGCGGCUAGAUUGGCCGAGUUCCAUUCCAAGGUGCCGAUAAAAGACAUGGUGAUUUCGGUGCCGCCUUACUUUGGGCAGGCCGAGCGCAAGGGGUUGCUUCAGGCGGCUCAGCUGGCGGGGAUCAAUGUCCUGUCGCUGGUGCACGAGCACUCCGGUGCGGCAUUGCAGUAUGGGAUCGAUAAGGAUUUCUCGAAUGGCUCAAGGAAUGUUAUAUUCUAUGAUAUGGGGUCUAGCAGUACUUAUGCAACAUUGGUGCAUUUCUCGGCUUAUAAUGCUAAGGAGUUUGGGAAGACGGUUUCGGUCAACCAGUUUCAGGUCAAGGAUGUUAGAUGGAACCCUGAACUUGGAGGUCAAAAUAUGGAAUUAAGGCUGGUGGAGUACUUUGCAGAUGAAUUCAACAAAGAAGUUGGAAGUGGGAUUGAUGUGCGAAAAUUCCCCAAGGCAAUGGCUAAAUUAAAAAAACAGGUCAAACGGACAAAGGAAAUUUUGAGUGCAAACACAAUGGCUCCAAUAUCAGUUGAAUCCUUGUAUGAUGAUCGGGACUUCAGGAGUACUAUUACCCGUGAGAAGUUUGAAGAGCUCUGUGCAGAUUUGUGGGAGAAAGCUCUUGUACCACUAAAAGAAGUCCUUGAGAACUCUGGUAUGAAGGCAGAUGAAAUAUAUGCGGUGGAGUUGAUUGGAGGUGCCACUAGAGUGCCAAAGUUGCAGGCUAAACUGCAAGAAUUUCUUGGAAGGAAAGAGCUAGAUAAACAUCUGGAUGCUGAUGAAGCUGUAGUUCUUGGUGCAGCAUUAUAUGCUGCCAAUUUAAGUGAUGGAAUUAAGUUGAAUAGGAAGCUAGGGAUGAUUGAUGGUUCUCCUUUUGGGUUUGUUAUGGAAUUAGAAGGUCCUGAUCUUGUUAAAGAUGACAACACAAGGCAGCUACUUGUGCCCCGGAUGAAAAAGCUUCCCAGUAAGAUGUAUAGAUCGAUUGCUCACAACAAAGAUUUUGAGGUUUCACUUGCAUACGAGAGUAAAGACCUUUUACCUCCUGGUGUUAGCUCUCCUGUAUUUGCUCAAUAUGCAGUGUCUGGACUUGCAGAUGCAUCUGAGAAAUAUUCAGGUAGAAACUUGUCUUCACCAAUAAAGGCAAAUCUGCAUUUCUCUCUUAGUAGAAGUGGGGUACUCUCGUUGGAACGGGCUGAAGCUGUUGUUGAGAUAUCGGAGUGGGUUGAAGUUCCUAUAAAGAAACCGACUUUGGAAAACUCCACUAAUGCUUCCCAGAAUGUAUCAGUUGAACAUAGUUCUAACAGUACCACUGAAGAAAGCACGGAGAAGACACAGCUUGAUGAUGGCGGGAAUAACAAAACUACCUCUAGUGAAGUAGAACAAGGGUCUGCAGAUUUGGGUACGGAAAAGAAAUUGAAAAAGCGUACAUACAGGGUUCCGCUGAAGCUAAUUAACAAGACAUUGGGUCCUGGGAUAUCUCUACCUGAAGAAUCUUUUAUGGAAGCAAAGAACAAACUAGAACUACUUGACAAGAAGGAUGCAGAGAGAAGGAGAACUGCCGAGUUGAAGAACAAUUUGGAAGGUUACAUAUAUGCUACAAAAGAAAAAAUUGAGACAUCUGAGGAACUUGAAAAGGUCUCUACUGCUGAUGAACGCCAAUCUUUCAUUGCAAAGCUUGAUGAGGUGCAAGAAUGGCUUUACAUGGAUGGUGAAGAUGGUACGGCGGCAGAGUUUCAGGAGCGUUUGAAUUCGCUAAAAGCAAUUGGUGAUCCAAUUUUUUUCAGAUUGAAAGAACUUACAGAACGGCCAGCGGCAGUUGGGCAUGCUCGAAGUUACCUGGAUCAACUGCAAAAGAUUGUACAGGAUUGGGAAAGCAAAAAAUCCUGGCUUCCUAGAGAGAAAAUUGAUGAGGUUCUAAAAGAGGCGGACAAUUUAAAGAUUUGGUUGGAUGAGAAGGAGACUGAACAGAAGACUGCUGGGUUUUCAAAACCUGCAUUUACAUCUGAAGAAGUAUAUAUGAAGGUUUUCACUUUGCAAGAUAAGGUUGCAAUUAUAAAUAGAAUUCCGAAGCCAAAGCCUAAAAUAGAGAAGCCAGCAGAGAGUAAACCUGAGAGCACGGGUUCGUCAGAUGCAGCUUCUGAGGAAGCACCCUCUGCAGAUGACCAGUCAACACAGGCUACAGAUGGCACAGGCUCGUCCGAUGCAGCUUCUGAGGAAGCACCCUCUGCAGAUGACCAGUCAACAAAGGCUACAGAUGGCACUGCCGAUGAAAAAGCUGAGCAGGAGAGCGUGGACGAGCCGGAGUCGAAGCUUCAUGAUGAGUUAUGAUGACUCAGUGUGGAAGCCAUUUUUGUCACAUUGCGCGACGCAGAAGAGUGUUGAAGGACAAGGAUGGAUAAGAAUAUUCGAAGGAAGAAUUACUUCAAGUAAACCUUGCUAUUUAGACUAAGAGAAGGGCCAGCUUAUUCUUGAUGAUGAAUUGAGAUGCACGUAAUAGCACCAGGAACUCAGCUUCCCGUCUGGUUCGCUUUAGUGGUAGAAACUUUACUCCCUGAAGGGAAUCCCCAAUCAAUUUCAUCUUUCUGCAAUUUUGUAGGAACUAAUUAUAGAUGCUUACAGGGUAGUCCAGGGGAGAAUUUCAGUCCGAGUCCGAUACGGAUCUUGUACCAUUGAGUAUAGUUAUAGCCUUGGGAUACGGUCAGUUUCUAUUACAUGCACGAGAUUUAUCUCAGUUUCUCGUUGUUCUUA